AUGUCUCUUUGUUGUUGCAUUAAUGACAUUAUCUCAACAGAGAUUUUGGAAAAAAUUUUUCUAUCAGCAUCAUCCGUUACUACGACAUUAUCAUUCACAGAUCUAUUAAACAUAUCAUUAACAUGUCAUUUAUGGUAUGAAUUAACAUUAAAAAACCAAUGGUUUUUAACAAAAUAUUUUAAUGAUAUAUAUAAAAAGACAUUAAUUGAAUGUGAAACAUUUGAUGAUAAAUUUAAUAGCCCUGUUGUGAAGAUUGCUGACGAAUGGUCUUUUUUGGGUAAAUGUGCUGUCAUACAUCCUAUACCAAAUGCUGAUUAUGAAGAUUAUAGUUGUACGUAUUUUGAAUCAAAAAUUAUUAAUGAAGAAAAACAAGGUUGGUCCAUAUGUUUUUGGGUAAGGCCAUUAGGAUGCAGUUCAGACGUCUAUCGAUAUGGUUCAGAUGAUGAUAUUAUUCUAACUCUGGACGCUGUCGGUGGACAAGAUAAAUCCUUUUUUCUUCGGUUUCAUUUAAAUAAUCAACAAUGUAUUUAUUUUACAUAUUGUCAAGGUUAUAGUCCAGACAAACAAACGGUAAAAUUUCAGUUAACACAUGAUGAAUGGAAUCAUUUAAUAAUACAACAAAAAAAUGAUGGUCAUCUUCAAUUAUAUGCUAAUGGACAGCUAGUAUCUUUAUCUUUAAAAGAAGAAGAAAACCUAAACAUGUUAUCACUCUACACACCAUCACUAUUAUAUGAGGACGAUGACGAACUCGAACAACGACAACUGUUCCAAUUACAACCUCAAUUACAAUUAUAUUUUUUUACAGCUAGUUCACUGUCACAUUCAAUUGCUGAUAUAUCUGUAUGGUCAAGAGCUUUACUAUCAUGUGAAAUAAGUGCCAUAUAUGAACAACGUACAUCAAUCAACAAAGUCAAUAUCGCAAAAUAUUUAUUACAAUUCUCAUCAUCAGGUGAAGGUGAAGAUAAAGAUGCAUCUAAUGUAAACAAUAACACAGCAAGUUCGACAAGAAUCCCACAACAUUAG